AUGAAAGAUAUUGCAGCGGAUGAUGAUGUUCACCUGGCUGCCCUUGGGCACAGGGCCGAGCUGAAGCGGAACUUCUCAAUGCUGUCGAUGCUGGGUCUAGCCUUUGCCAUCUUGAACUCUUGGACCGCCUUGUCGACGAGCUUAAAUCUUAGUCUCCCGUCUGGAGGCUGCACCAGUGUUGUAUGGGGGUUGGUCACUGCCGGCGUUUGCAAUAUUUGUACCGCCUCAUCGCUGGCGGAGUUCCUCUCCGCAUGGCCCACAGCUGGUGGACAGUACCAUUGGGUUGCAGUCUCAUGGAAACGGCAGAUGCCAAUCCUCUCCUGGAUUACGGGCUGGGCAAAUGUUGCUGGCUGGUUGGCUUUGACUGCCACCGGUGGACUCUUGGGAAGUACUCUCAUUGGGGGCAUCAUUGGCCUGAUGUAUCCGAUGUUCGAGUUCCAACGCUGGCACCAGUUCCUCAUCUACAUCGCGAUUAACAUCAUUGCAUUUACCAUCAAUGCGUUCAUGAAUGUGGGGCUUCCACUAGUCACCAAGAGUGCUUUCAUCUGGUCACUCACGGGAUUCGUUGUUAUUUCCAUCACAAUUCUGUCGUGCGCAUCACCAAACUACAAUUCUGGAGAGUUCGUAUUUGGCGAAUUCAUCAACACGACAGGCUGGCCUGAUGGCGUUGCUUGGCUGCUUGGGCUGCUGCAAGGUGGCUUCGGUCUCACAGGUUUUGACGGCGUUGCACACAUGAUUGAAGAAAUCCCGAAUCCCUCAGUGAUUGGACCCAGAAUCAUGAUCGGAUGUGUGGUUAUCGGUAUCACCACUGGCCUUAUCUUCCUCAUCGUUUUGCUUUUCGUUGCAGGAGAUAUCAAUCUGGUCAUCGCGUCUGCUGCGACACCCCUCCUGCAGAUCUUCUAUGAUGCGACAAGAAGCAACGCGGGAUCGAUUUGUCUUCUUAUGUUCCCCUUGGUCUGCACUGUCUUCGCCGCAACCACAAUCAUGACCACAAGCAGCCGCAUGGUAUAUGCAUUUGCUCGAGAUGGAGGACUGCCUGCUUCGCCUUUCUUUAGCAAGGUUCACCCGAAGCUCCAGGUCCCACUUAACGGGCUGUAUAUGACUAUGUUCUGGGUGAUCGUAUUCGGAUGCAUCUUCCUCGGCUCCUCGAGUGCGUUCAAUGCGAUUACCUCUUCGUCAGUGGUCCUGCUCGAUAUCGCAUAUGGCAUCCCAAUCGCGAUCAACUGCCUGCGGGGCAGACAAAUGCUCCCCGAGAGACCGUUUGUCCUGCCGCAGACUCUUGGCUGGGUCGUCAACCUGAUUGCACUGGCGUACAUCUCAUUGACCACGGUGCUUUUCCUGUUUCCUCCUGAACUGCCUGUGACGGGCAGCAACAUGAACUACUGCGUUGCUGCCAUUGGCGUUGUCAUCAUCAUCUCAACGUUCCAAUGGAUCGUUGACGGCCGAAAGAACUUUACUGGACCGCGCGUAGAUGCCGAAGUGCUAGCGGCGGUGGAGGGUCAUGGCGGUCCGAAUAUUGACCAGACUGCUGAUAUUAAGGGGGAGAAAUAG